AAGCGACCGCUCCGCCUCAGCAAGAGACUGCUGAGCCCGGACUGGGGAACAACAAGAAGAACGAAGACCGGAGAAAGAGUUCUCGCAAGAAGAGCGAGGACAUCGACAGCGAAGAAGAUCAAUGCACCUGGGGUGGAGAGUGGGAAGAUGAUGACUCCGUGCCUGUGUGGGCAUAUCUUGAUCAGCGUAAUCGUGAAACCGUUAUCUUUCCUUCUCUAAGACCGAUCUAUCUUGACGAUUCACUUGCGCCGGAACAAGGUAGCUAGAAUCUCACUGCUCCAAUUUAGUCCCAGCAGCCAGCCUAAAUGCAGGGUUUUCCUUUUUGAUUUCCAACGAGCCCUUUUGUGAUUCUUGUGAGUGGUUGGAUCUAGAAGGUGCUACACCUGCACUGAGAUGUACACUACAUUCUACACUACUAGUGGUAUUCCUUCGUACCAAUGUUUCUUUUAUCGUAUAGAACAGGAAUAUAUUACAGCUUACCACUAAUAUUACAGCGCCACAGAUGAGGAGCGCCAGCAACUCCAACUCCGAAGGAGACGCUUCUACAGGCUGGAUCGUCGCGCGCGGGAAGAGUGGGCGGCAGACAACGCGAAAGGGUCGGGUGGCGAUGCGAAAGUGGCACACCCUGCCGCGGUGGGUAACGAAGCAAAUCGGCGUCAACUAGCUGCCGAUCUGCUUGCAAGUGCGAUUUUGGGAGCGGUAUCAUCGAUCAUGACAUUAUGUACGAAUAUGUAUUAGGGUGUCCUCGUUUGUUUUUUAUUCAAAAGAGUGACCGGCCUGCGUGCCCAGUCGACUGCAGUAUCUGUCUCUAGUCAAACUAAUAUUAAGCUUUAAUGUGUUUUUGUUAUCAGUUUUAACUUUUGACUUUGAGAAGGUACUCCUCGCGAAAAACUAGCAGAUCGAUUCUUGCAUUGUUUUCCAGAAGCACUGAAUUCAUCUUCAUUCAUCUUCCACAUACACUUUUCACAUUUUGCAGGUCACCGCCGGCUUUUGGUUUCUGAUGUUAUUUGAGCUUUUGGCUACCAACCUCAAGCUCAACCACUCAGACGAGGUCUCUGCAGAACCAGACAAGAAUUAACUAGAAGGUACUUAUGAACCUCUCUCGUAUGUUUAUAAGGCAGCUUCUGUAUCUAUCUAUGCUCGCACUUGGUACUCGUAUUCCUUUCACUAUCAUUUUUUUUCCUCAAACUUGACUGGUGCGCUAAUCGACAACUGACUCGACAGUAAGCUCUUGGCUGAGUUGUUUGAGAUCAAGGAGCCAUCCUCCCUUGCCAGGUACGUGCAAACAAAUUAGCAGCAGUGGACGACGUGUGUAGAUAUGUGUAGCAAAGUUUAGCGAAAGAAUGAAUUUCAUCCUAGUUGAGUGAUGAGGAGGGCUGCAUCGUCAUGCCGGACGAAGUUGCGCCUGCAUUUUCUUUUAUGACUUGUCAACUUUUAAGGCUCGCUGUGUUUCAUUUCCACAGGUUAUCCUCCUCCAUUCUUUUCUUGGAAUACUGAGAGAACGAAUCUGAGAAAUGAAGUGCUCCGAGCUCUAAAAUUUCUUUGACGACAGUGGAUGUGGUCUACCAGCAGUUCGCGAAAAACAAAAUAACAAACUGAUAGUGAUGAAGACGACUAGCGCGUAGCGCUACAACGGUCGACGAUACGAAAUGGACAAGAAGCGUGACUCUGGGGAUGGAAAUGACCGCGACCAUGUUCUUAUGGCGUGGUGGCCGCGACCCGCUUCUUAUGGCGUGGCGCUUUAUUCAGGAGAAGACCAUCGCCUUUUGUAUAGGUGAUUGACGAACAAGUUUAGUAAUCAUGUAGUUGCUUUCAUUAUUUUUGUUGGCGAUAUAGGUAAAUUCAUUUGUUUUUAUGAAGAACAAGAUGGGUCCGCUCUGCGUGGUUGUCACGAACGGCCCUUGUGGUUGUCACGAAGGGCCACAAUAAGAAAACAUUGGUCAUUUAAAUAUAAUGAACAAUGAUUGAUAGAUCAAAAUGUAAUUGAUGAUAGCAGGACAGUUUUUGUAUCAACCAGUGUGUAUGAGGCUUAUCCUCCUUGGUUUUGUUUUUUCACUGUGCAUAGAAUCCUAGUAUUGGAAUGACAAUGAUAUUAGACAGAGGUUUGAGAAUAUUUAUUUUUAUUGCCGACCUUUUGGUUGAUAUUACAAAAAAAAAGAACAGCUGCAACGCGAGUUGUGCUGCUACGAGAUUGUCGCAAUACAAGCAAUGCCACAGUGUGGCACGGUGUAAAAAAAGUAGCGUGAUCAAAUGCAGAACACAGGGGGGCCCAGAUUCCGAGAGAUAACGGAAGGGAGAAGUUUAAACUUUGUAAUGCUUGCUUGUCUUUUUUUUUUUUCUCUAUUGUUUUUCCUGUCUAUAAGGGUCUGAUCAACCAAUAGCAGAGACUUGCAGACUUAUCGUUGCUGUAAUUGCGAUUAUGUGAUGUUACGUUUGGACUCGACGGCUGAUUACCUUAAUUAAGUUAGUUUCUGAUACUGGUACUGAUGCGUUAUAUGUUAUGCUUAGGCAAGCAAAGGCUAUGGGUGGGCCGUGUUCCUAGCGGAUAAAGUCGGCCGGGCCUCUCUGCUCGCAGGAGUAGACAUCUUGAACAUCCCUCAGUGCUGCUGUAGUAAGUUUUUAAGUGGGGUUUUUUAAGUAGUUGAAUGGGAGGCAGCAUGUAGUCCUAUGGAAAAAAAAAUGUAGACCGAGGUCUGGGGCGAGAGGCGGGGAUAUCCUGAGCUUGAGCUUGAGCGUCCGUCGCACUGUAGGCGAUAGGACUCUAUUAAGUCGCAUCUUGCUCUUCCUCAAAUAGAAAUAAAAAGCUUUCAUUAUCGCGAAGCGAGUAUCAGUUUUCCUUUUCCGUCCUUUUCUCCUCUCUCUCUCUCUCUCUCUCUCUCUCUGGAAAUCCGUACGAAGCCACACUAUUCGGCGAUCAUCAUCAUCAUCAUCAUCAUCAUCACGAACAAGGUCCACCUUCCGCUUCCACCAUCGUCCUCUUGGACUUUCAGCAUGGUAGAUUUUUGUUCUGUUUUAGCAGCGACGAGAGCAUUGCGGCCGGCUCGUCCUCUUUGACCUUCUUGGUCUAGUUUGGUGUUGUAUUUCGAAGGUUGUCAGCAUACCGGGAGCUUCUUUAAGCGCUGAGCUGCUUGAUGUUGUGCUUAUUGGUUGAUCCACUUAAUCCCUCCACUUAGCCUCGCCGGUUUCCCUCCACCACUACGACACAACUAAGCACGCGAUCGACUUCAGGCGUGGGGUCACGUGAUUUAGUAGCUUGAGUAUGUAAAUCUAAUGGGAUUAAGCUUUUAAAUUUUUAUCUUUAUGUUCACAAGAGUGGCAAGGUUUGGAUCUUCGUCGUGUUUCAUUGCCUUGACUUUCGUACUGCAAGACUGAAAAAGAUCAACAGCAUGCGAGCGGGUAGAUCAUCAAUGACUUCGCUGUUUGGUGCAUGCAGCAGGAACACCCAUGCAAAUUCUUCGGCUGGAGAUGCGCCGAUAGUCGAAGAUAGACCGACGCAAAGGCACAGACAACAACUGGACUACAGCUCUGAUGCUUAUGCUCGACCCUGGCCUAAAUAAAUUUUGCGGUUGGAAAAUGAUUGUUCUCGGUGUGUAUUGUUUUUUACCUUAGAAACGGUAUGCAUGUUGCAAUCACUUUUGUGCGAAAAAAUUCUUUCUAUCGGCCUUGAGCACUAGCCAAAACAUCCGUCAAAAGAUGGGGACGCCUAUCGAUAUGCGGCUGAAUUACUCCUGUGACAGUUUUUCAUAAUGGUGCGCUUUGGAGUAGUUCUUUAACUUAUUUUUGGCUCCAGGCAAGUCCACUAUCUGAACAUCACAAGGGUAUUCUAGAGUUAUGGAUCCCUAAGCAUUGAUUAGAUUCCUAUUUGAGAGCCCUGCUAUUUAACUAUUGAGAGCCUAAGCUUUAGAUUACCAGAGGAGAAAAACCAGCGGAAACUUCAUGAUUACGAUUGUUGAUCGAAGUGUGUGGUCGUUGAAAACGAGGAGAACCAUCAUCCAAAGUAGACCACACCCACAACGAACAACGCCUAUACUUUGCCGUCGUAGAGCCUAGUUUUUAGACGAGCCAGCAAGUACUUACUAUUAUUUUAGCAGCGCGUAAAAACCUAUUGAAAAUGCAAACCGCUUCAGGGGUUGUAGAUAGGUUGCAGCAUUCGACCAUGCAUGGUUUGUGCCUUGUUGGACAGUCACCUCGCUAGCAAGAACACGCUAUGCAUGGAAUGUUGCUGAAAACACCACACCCUCCACAGAUCAAGUUCAAGUUCAAGUUCAACAGAUCGAAAGUGCAGCAACAUUUAAGCAUCACAAAUGCAUCGGAUUACGUAGGAAUAGGGGUGAGGAAAUUCUUAAAAAUGAACGCCUGGAUCGUUGCGUGCUAUACCAAGAAUGAUAAUGGCUCCUCUCUCUGAAAGAGGCUACGAAUAAGAGAAUUUUUAAGUGGAAGGCUCUCUCCGAAAGAUGCCGAAAUAUAUGGGAGGAUAGGUUGACACGGACUCUCUUGAAAGGGUCCGCGGCUUAUCAAGUAGCUGCUUGCAUUCUAAGAUCUGCAUCUGUUUGCCUCAUCCUUAUAUCACCUGCAAUGAAAAUGUAACAUAAUAAUUAAUACAACGUACCUCGUGAAACCUGCAAGGUUCUUGAUGCAUGGUCUCUUUUGCUGCACCGAGCCUAAAAACAACGCUUCAAAUGAACGAAGCAUUUGCAUUUAUCGUCGGGGCUCGUUGGUUCUAAUUGCACCUGCACCUCUCUUUUGUCCUUCCUUUAGGAUAGCGAACAUGAAGGAAGGGGAGCGGGAGCAGGGAACAGAGAUUUAAGGGGUCUUUUUUUCCUAAUCUACAUACCUUGAAGUUUAUACUCGGUAAAGGGGAAGAACUCGAAUCAGUUCUACUACCACUUCCUUCAUGUUCGCAUUCUCGUCUUGAUGAAUUUCAUUCUUCUAUUCACACCUUUCACAGUACUACAUGCUAAUAAUCGAUUGUGAUUUUAUUCUACUCGUUGGCUUCGCUCCCGCCCAGGUGUGUCAUUCUCGUUGGAUUUUCGACGAGAUAACACAAGCAAGACGCGCCCCGGGUUCUCUCUCACAAUGUAGCAAAUUGCUAGACUUUGCCAAAACCCUGCGCCUUCUCCCAUGCUCUAGCCCUUCGCGUUUGCUGUGGCUGUCGCCACUUUUGUUCCACCUCGCUGCCCCCACGUGAUUGCUUGCGUUCACCUUCCUUGCCUCCAUUCCCUUGCCUCCAUUCCCUUGCCUCCAUUCCCUUGCCUCCAUUUCCUUGUCUCGACCUCCCGGCUUCCACCUCCCUGCCUUCACCUCUUCGCCCCCACCUCCCUGCCCUCACGUCCUUAUUCCCACCAACUUACACCCACCUCCUUAUCCCCACCUCCUUGACUGCACCUCCGUAUCCCCACCUCCUUGACAGACUGCACCUCCUUGACCCAACCUCCCACCUCUUUAUCUCCACCGCUUUGACUCCACCUCCUUGACUCCACCUGCCUGCCCCCGCCUCCCUAUCCCCACCUCCUUGACUUCACUUCUUUGACUCCACCUCCCUACCCCCACCUCCCUCCCUCCCACCACCUCCCUAUUUCCACUUUCCUACCCCUACCUCCCUGCGGUAGCUGCACUGUGUUCGCUGUCACUGGUGUGGCUUGGUUCUGUGCCUGAUUGCUAAGCGCAGAGUGCUUCCAUCAAAUUGAAUCUAAGGCAAAGAACUAUGUUAGUGCACCAAGUUCUUAC